AUGGCGCACCAGGUGGACCGCAAUGCCAUUCCUGGCACCUUCACCCUGGUAGAUUUGGAGCAUACCAUGGCCAGUCGUCAUCUGGAUCAUGGCAACAGCGAUAUCGUUCUAGUACCGCAACCCUCGGACGACCCGGACGAUCCUCUGAACUGGUCACCGCGACGGAAACUGCUGUCAACCAUCUGUGUCAGCGCCUACACCCUCUUCACAGGAAUUGGUACCUCUGUGGUUUAUUCCGUACUCGUGCCUCUGUCCGAGGCAACAGGCGUUUCCGUCGGCACACUCAACCAAGGGACUGGGUAUAUGUUUCUGCUCGCUGGCUGGGGGUUGUUGUUCUGGCAGCCUUUUGCCUUGCAGUAUGGGAAACGUCUGACGUACCUUCUCUCUUGUAUUGGGACAAUCGGUACGUUAGUAUGGGGUCCAUACAUUAAAAGCAAUGGCGAAUGGAUCGGCCGCAGUAUCCUGUGCGGGUUCUUCAUUGCCCCGAUUGAAGCUCUGCCAGAAGUAUCCGUCACUGACGUGUACUUCACUCACGAACGCGGCACGUACAUGGCUCUCUACGCAUUUUUCCUCGCAGGCAGCAACUACUUUGCCCCCGUUAUCUGUGGCUUCAUCGCACAGUAUCACGGGUGGAGAUGGGUAUUCUACUGGCCGGCCAUUUUCAUCGCGGUGACUGUGGGUUUCCUGUUCUUCUUCAUGGAAGAGACAAACUAUACGCGGCAUACGGUUGGCACGGCUUCAGCUGCCGGCCUUACCUCUUCUGCUACUAGUUCCGAAAAGGGAGACAAGGAGAAAACGCCGGCAGAUGCCGCUCCACAACAGGACGCAGAGUAUGGUGUUGUGUCGAAUUACAGCAAGAGGACCUUUGCCCAGAAACUGGCUAUCAUCGGCCCGACGCAGCCCAACAACAUGCUUCGACGAUUCUGGCAUAUCCUGUAUUACGUGAGCUGGCCGGUGGUGUUCUACGCAGGAUUUUCGUAUGGUUCGUAUCUCAUCUGGUUCAACAUCCUCAACGGCACGGCAUCCAUCAUCCUCGGCUCUGCGCCUUACAAUUUCGGGUCGUCCAUGGUCGGGCUGAGCUAUGUUGCAUGCUGCAUCGGUGUGAUUCUUGGCUCGCUCUUCACCGGCCGGUUCAGUGACUGGCUCACCAUCCGACUGGCGCGCCGCAACAAUGGUGUCAUGGAAGCCGAGCAGCGCCUGUGGCCCUUCCUUGUCUGUCUUAUCACUGUGCCCGGCUCCCUGAUCCUCUGGGGUGUCGGCGCAGCGCACGAAAUUCACUGGUUUGGUUUGCUGGUGGCCAUGUGCGUUCUUGCGUCCGCAAACACCUGCGGCGUCACCCUGAGCGUCAACUAUCUGGUCGACAGCUACAGUGAGGUGAGUGGUGAUGCCAUGUCCAGUAUCAUCCUGGUGCGGAACACUAUGUCGUUCGCCUUCAACUAUGGGAUUACGCCGUGGAUCGAGAAUCUAGGGUACCAGAACUGCUUCAUCUCGGCCGCGUUCAUCGGUGUGGCAUGCUCGGCGGUCUUCCUCUUCAUGAUUAAAUACGGCAAGACGUUCCGGACGCGCUCGCGGGCCAAGUACUGGGACAUUGUGGUCGAGAAUCGGGCACGGGGAAUGGGCCAUUAG